AUGACUCGACGCACCCGCAUACCUUUUUGCAAUAUUUUGCGAGUCCGUGAUCCACCCCCUAGGGUCGAACCAGUCGAACCAGUCGAGCCCAAGAAAUUCAAGACACUCUGGAAGAUCUCCUCAGAAAUAGUGGAAAUUAUCUUCCAGCUUCUUUCCGACCUAGACCGAGCUUGUUUUGCACUGAGCUACAGCGUGGCAUAUGUGUCCUAUCAACAUUGCCUAGGACGUUACUACUUCGUCGCCUUCAAAACGAGCGCUGGGUAUACUGUUCUAGAUGUCAAAAUCUUCACCGGCACUCUAGAUGGCAGUUUCUAA